AUGAUAUCCGGUUUGAUGGGGAGAAUGGGAGGAAUGAUGAGGUGCGGUGCUCUGCUGGUGCUCCUCCUUUUGAGCACGGUGAGCCACAUCUCGGCGCUGUCGGUGACGGUGAACGACGUCGAGUGCGUAUACGAAUAUGUGUUGUACGAAGGCGACACGGUUUCCGGGAACUUCGUCGUCGUAGAUCAUGAUAUCUUCUGGGGCUCCGAUCAUCCUGGCAUUGACUUCACUGUGACAUCUCCUGCAGGUAAUAAUGUACACACAUUGAAAGGAACAUCCGGAGAUAAAUUCGAGUUUAAGGCUCCUCGAAGUGGAAUGUACAAAUUCUGUUUCCAUAAUCCUUAUUCCACACCAGAAACAGUCUCUUUCCACAUUCAUGUUGGCCAUAUACCUACUGAACAUGACCUGGCGAAGGAUGAGCAUUUGGACCCCGUUAAUGUUAAAAUUGCUGAAUUGAGGGAGGCGCUGGGAUCUGUUACUGCUGAGCAGAAGUACUUGAAAGCACGUGAUGCUCGUCACCGCCGCACGAAUGAAAGCACGAGAAGACGCGUCAUAUUCUACACCGUCGGGGAAUACCUUUUGCUAGUAGUUGUGAGUGGGCUUCAGGUUGUGUACAUACGUGGCUUGUUCAGCAAGUCGGUUGGAUACAACCGCGUUUGA